AUGGAUCAGUGUGAGGACAGAGAGGAGGGAGCCCCUCCCUCUAAAACCACUCUGUGUGGGGAACUUGAGAGCCAGACCAAAGCUCUCAGCACUCACAUCACUGCUCCAUCAUUAUUCACAGGAACCAACCUGGACCUCCACCCAGCUUACAGAGUGACCGGUCUAAAGAUAUCAUCAUUCAAUUUAAAAAGGGGCAGAGCUCUGCUCCAUACAGAUUUCAUGUGGACUAACUCUACAUGGUUCCUCCACAGGGGGGAUCAGGAGAGCUCAGAGGUUCCCAGUGAUCAGUCUGCUCAGCAGCAUCAAGCACAGCUGGACUCCAUAUUUAUGCGGCUGGAGAACACCAUCAUCAGCUUUGUGAAGAACGAGCUGAAGAACAUCCAGAAAGUUCUGAGUUCAGGUUACCCAGAAUACUUAGAGAGUCAGAGGGAGGAGGAGGAAGAGGAGCAGAGGAGGAGCAGCAGAGAGGCAUUUGUAAAGAUCACCCUGGACUUUAUGAGAAGAAUGAAGCUUGAUGAGCUGGCUGACCGUCUGCAGAGCAAUGCUAUUUGUCCUCACAAACUUAAAUCUACACUAAAGGAGAGGUUCCAGUGUGUGUUUGAGGGCAUCGCUAAAGCAGGAAACCCAACCCUUCUGAAUGAGAUCUACACAGAGCUCUACAUCACAGAGGGAAGGACUGCAGAGGUCAAUGAUGAACACGAGGUCAGAGAGAUUGAAAUGGUAUUUAAACGAGACAAACCAGAAGCAUCACUCAGACAAGAAGACAUCUUUAAAGCCUCACCUGGACAACUUGAACCAAUCAGAACAGUGCUGACAAAGGGAGUGACUGGUAUUGGGAAAACAGUCUUAACACAGAAAUACAUCCUCGACUGGGCUGAAGGCAAAGCCAACCAGAACAUCCAGUUCAUAUUUCCAUUCACUUUCAGAGAGCUGAAUGUGCUGAAAGAGAAAAAGUUCAGCCUGGUGGAACUUGUUCAUCACUUCUUUACUGAAACCAAAGAAGCAGGAAUCUGCAGCUUUGAAGACUUCCAGGUUGUUUUAAUCUUUGAUGGUCUGGAUGAGUGUCGACUUCCUCUGGACUUCCACAAAACUACAAUCAUAACUGACCCCAGAGAGCCCACCUCAGUGGACGUGCUGCUGAUAAACCUCAUCAGGGGGAAACUGCUUCCCUCUGCUCACCUCUGGAUAACCACACGACCUGCAGCAGCCAAUCAGAUCCCACCUGACUGUGUUCACAGGGUGACAGAGGUCAGAGGGUUCACUGACCCACAGAAAGAAGAGUAUUUCAGGAAGAGAUUCAGAGAUGACAAGCAGGCCAGCAGGAUCCUUUCUCACCUCAAGAUAUCACGAUGUCUCCACAUCAUGUGCCACAUCCCAGUCUUCUGCUGGAUCACUGCUACAGUUCUGGAGAAUGUGCUGAAAACCAGAGAGGGAGGGCGGCUGCCCAAGACCCUGACUGAGAUGUACAUCCACUUCCUGGUGGUUCAAGCCAAAGUGAAGAAGGCCAAAUUUGAUGGAGGAGCCCAAACAGAUUCACACUGGAGUCCAGAGAGCAGGAUUAUGAUUGAGUCUCUGGGAAAAUUGGCUUUUGAUCAUCUGCAGAAAGGAAACCUGAUCUUCUAUGAAUCAGACCUGACAGAGUGCGGCAUCGAUAUCAGAGCAGCCAUAGUGUUUGCAGGAGUGUUCACACAGAUCUUUAAAGAGGAGAGAGGACUGUACCAGGAUAAGGUGUUCUGCUUCAUCCAUCUGAGUGUUCAGGAGUUUCUGGCUGCUCUUCAUGUCCAUCUGACCUUCAUCAACUCUGGAGUCAAUCUGCUGGAAGAACAACAAACAACCUCCCAGAAGUCUGGAAAUACAGAAUAUUCAGCGACUCAGUUCUACCAGAGUGCUGUGGACAAGACCUUACAGAGUCCAAACGGAAACCUGGACCUGUUCCUCCGCUUCCUCCUGGGCUUUUCACUGCAGACCAGUCAGACUGUCCUACAAGGUCUGCAGCCACAGACAGGAAAUAGUUCACAGACCAAUCAGGAAGUAGUCCAGUACAUCAAGAAGAAGCUCAGUGAGAAUCUAUCUGCAGAGAAAAGCCUCAAUCUGUUCCACUGUCUAAAUGAACUGAAUGAUCGCUCUCUAGUGGAGGAGGUCAAGCAGUACAUGCGCUCAGGAAGUCUCUCCAUACGUAAUCUUUCCCCUGCUCAGUGGUCAGCUCUGCUCUCAAUCUUAGUCUCAUCAAAAAAAGAUUUAGAAAUGGUUGACCAGACGAAAUUCUCUUCAGAGGAAGCUCUUCUGCAGCUGCUGCGAGAGGUCAAUGCCUCUAAUAAAUCUCUAGUGAUGGGCUGUAACCUCUCAGAGAAAAGCUGUAAAGCUUUGUCCUCGGUUCUUAGUUCUCAGUCCUCUAGUUUGGGAGAGCUGGACCUGAGUAACUGCAACCUGUCGGAUUCAGGAUUAAAGGGUCUUUGUGAUGGACUAAAGAGUCCAUACUGUACACUGAAUACUCUUAGACUGAGUCACUGCAGCCUCUCAGAUGGAGAUUGUGAAGCUCUGUCCUCAGUUCUCAGCUCCCAGUCCUGCAGUCUGAAAGAGCUGGACCUGAGUAACUCUGACCUGAAGGAUUCAGGAGUCAAGCUUCUGUCUGUUGGAGUAAAGAGUGAAAACUUUAAACUGGAAACUCUAAGUCUGUCAGGCUGCCUAAUCACAAAGGAAGGUUUUACUUCUCUGGUCUCAGCGCUGAGUGCCAACCCCUCCCAUCUGAGAGAGCUGGACCUGAGCUACAAUAAUCCAGGAGAAUCAGGAAUGAAACUGCUGUCGGCUGGAUUGAAGGAUCGAGGCUGGACACUGGACACUCUCAGGGUGGAGCCUGCUGGAGUCCGAUGGUGUAGACCAGGUCUGAGGAAGUAUUCCUGUCAACUCACAAUCGACACAAACACAGUACACAGACACAUUAAACUGUCUGACAACAACAGGAAGAUGACACAUGUGGAGGAGGUUCAGUUUUAUCCUGAUCAUCCAGACAGAUUUGAUUAUUUUUAUCAGCUGAUGUGUAGUACUGGUCUGACUGGUCGCUGUUACUGGGAGGUCGAGUGGAAAGAAACGGUUGAGAUAUCAGUGAGUUACAGAAGAAUCAGAAGAAAAGGAGACAGUUAUGAGUGUCUGUUUGGAUGGAACGAUCAUUCCUGGGGUCUGAUCUGCUCUGAAGAUGGUCCUCAUUAUGUCAUGUACAAUAACAACGUGACAUUCAUCUACCCCUCCUCCUCCUCCCCUGUCUCUAACAGAGUAGCAGUGUAUGUGGACUGUCCUGCUGGCACUCUGUCCUUUUACAGAGUCUCCUCUGACACUCUGAUCCACCUCCACACCUUCAACACCACAUUCACUGAAACCCUUUAUCCUGGGUUUGGGUUCAAUCCUGGUUGCUCGGUGCGUCUGUGCUGA